CCAUGGCUCCGAGCCGCUCUCGUCAGACGGGCUCCCAUAAGGCCCACUCUUUGGCCCGCCAGUGGAAGACGAAGCGGCGUCGCCGCGACCUGGACCAGAUCCACCAGGACCUGCUGCCGGAGAACGCGGCGAAGCUGCUUCGCCAAGAGCCGGACGCCGACUUGCCCGGAAGUGCCCAGCACUACUGCCUGCACUGCGCGCGAUACUUUGUCGAUUUGAAAAGCAUGAAGGAUCACUUCAAAUCUAAGGUUCACAAAAGAAGGCUAAAGGAUCUGAGCGAGGAGCCAUACACCCAGGAGGAGGCCGAGCGAGCCGCCGGGAUGGGAUCCUACAUCCCUCCAAAAACAGUUGAAGUUCACACACAGCCCCUCGAUGAGAUGGAGGAGUCCAGCUGAGAACGGUGGCA